UAACCCUAUCUCUUCUCUCUUUUCCCAUUCCUCAAUCUUACCUUUCUUUUCUUUUCCAUCCUCGGGAUCUGAUCUCUUUCUCUCGACAACUACUAGACACUUCUUGAGAGAACACCACUUCAAUUCCCGAGGAUAACUUUUCAUACCCAGUUUUGUUUCUUCUUCUCUCAAUCUUUCAUUUCUCGAGCUUUUCUGUCUGCUUAUAAUAGAACUUAAAAAGAGAGAGGCCAAAAGCAAAAGUUUCUUAUCUUUAAGCUCAUUUAUAGCUAGCUGCUUAAAGGCUGGGUUUAAUCAGAUCUGAGCAGGAAUUGUCAAGGUCUUUAGCCCUGUGAAAAUAUGAAUUCAUUUUCACAUGUUCCUCCAGGCUUCAGAUUCCAUCCCACAGACGAAGAACUCGUUGAUUACUACCUAAGGAAAAAAGUUGCUUCUAAAAGGAUCGAUCUAGAUGUCAUCAAAGAUGUUGAUCUUUACAAAAUUGAGCCAUGGGAUCUUCAAGAAUUGUGCAAAAUAGGAACAGAAGAGCAGAAUGAAUGGUAUUUCUUUAGCCAUAAAGAUAAGAAGUAUCCAACUGGAACUCGCACUAAUAGAGCUACAAAAGCAGGAUUUUGGAAAGCCACAGGAAGGGACAAGGCCAUAUACUCCAGGCAUAGCUUGAUCGGCAUGAGAAAAACCUUAGUGUUUUACAAAGGUCGAGCUCCAAAUGGCCAAAAGUCAGACUGGAUCAUGCAUGAAUAUCGACUUGAAACUAAUGAAAAUGGAGCUCCUCAGGAAGAAGGAUGGGUUGUAUGUAGGGUGUUCAAGAAGCGAAUGACCACAGUGCGGAAAAUGGGUGACUAUGAGUCCCCGUGUUGGUACGACGACCAAGUCUCAUUCAUUCCAGAAAUCGAUUCUCCAAGGCGUAUUCCUCAGCCUUAUUCAUCAUAUCAUCUCCACUAUCCAUGCAAGCAAGAGCUUGAGUUGCAGUAUAAUAUCUCUCAUGACGCUUUCCUCCAGCUUCCUCAGUUAGAGAGUCCCAAAGUUCCACAAUCAGCAGCAAGUGUAAGUUGCAACUCAGUAGUUCCAUAUGGUUAUGAUAGAAACAACAACGGAAGCACUUUGCAAUCCUCAACUCUCACUCAAGAAGAACACACGCAACAAUGUCAUCAACAAGAUUUGAACUCACUUUAUAGCAACAACAAUGAACCAGCGGUGGAUCAAGUGACAGAUUGGCGAGUACUUGACAAAUUUGUCGCAUCUCAGUUGAGCCAUGAGGAUGCUUCCAAGGAAACCAAUUACUCCAGUGCUGCUGAAUUUCAUGUGGCUGAACAAAUGAAUUUACUUGCCCAUGGAUCCAAAAGGCCAGGGAUUACUCAAGAAUAUGCCUCGACGUCCACCUCCAGUUGCCAAAUUGAUCUGUGGAAGUGAUUGCAAAACAUAGUAAUCAGAAGAUAUAUACUAAUUCUAGGAAGUACAGUUCUACAAGAAGAGAAACUUAUAUAUUGAGGUUGCUGUAAAUAAUAAACUAUGAUGGUAUUGCUUUAGCUACUAUUUGGGAUACUUCUGGUGUCCUGCAUAUUGAUGAAUAUUUCUAGGAAACUAUAGUUAGACUUCACAAAUACCAAGUACAAAUAAAUUAGUUUCAUGCGGACGAUGGCCGAGAUAGUGCUGUUGGGACAGACUCGGCGGAUGUUGAAUUUUAAAUGUAUUUCGCCUUACUUCAGCUUAUAUAAUUUGCGUUAUAAUAUUGUAACCUUCUUUUGUUUA